AUGAGUGAAAUGAGUAUAAAAGUCACAGAAAAUGAUAUAUCUGCAAUAUCAUUAUUAAAUAAGGAGCAGAAAGCAGCAUUUAAUUUGAUUAUUGAAGCUGUCUUUGUGAAAAGUAAGGGUUGCUUUUUCGUUGAUGGCCCUGGGGGAACAGGGAAAACAUUUCUAUAUAGAGCAUUAUUAGCAGAAGUGAGGUCAAAAGGAUACAUAGCAUUAGCCACUGCUUCAUGUGGAGUUGCAGCAGCUAUACUUCCAGGAGAUCGAACUGCACAUUCCCGUUUCAAAAUUCCGCUAGACAUGAACCCAAAUAAGAUGUGCAAAGUGAGUAAACAAAGUUCAUUAGCAAAGUUACUCCAACGAGCAAAAUUAAUAAUUUGGGAUGAAGCACCGAUGACACAUAAAGCUGGAAUUGAGGGAGUUGAUAAAUUAUUCAGGGAUCUAAUAGACAGCUCUGAGAUUUUUGGAUCAAAGGUCAUUGUUUUUGGAGGAGAUUUCAGACAAGUAUUACCAAUUGUUAUUAGAGGGUCAAAAUCUGAUUUUGUUCAGUCCAAUUUAAUAACAUCUUAUAUCUGGCCUGAACUCCAAAAGAUACAAUUGAAAGAAAAUAUGAGAGCAAAAUCAGACCCCAAUUUUAUAGAAUAUCUUCUUCGUCUCGGCAAUGGAACUGAACCAGUUAUAUAUGAUGAAAAUGUUGAGAUUCCUGCAAAAAUGCUUAUCAGAUAUACCACUGAAGAAGAAUCUUUAACUGCUCUAAUCAACAUAGUGUAUCUAGAUUUUUCAAUUUUUGCUGGCAGCAAUUAUUCAGGAAUCAAUAGAGCUAUCCUCACUACAAAAAAUGAUUUCGUAGAUGUGAUCAAUGAUACCUUGAUCCAAAACUUCCUAGGAGAUUCUUUUGAUUAUAUCAGCCGUGACACAUGCUUAGAUCCUUCUCAACAAACAAUUCUGGAAGAUUUCAUAAACAGCCUCAUGCCUAAUGGUUUACCUCCACAUCGAUUAACUCUAAAGCAAAAUACACCAAUUAUGCUGCUUCGGAACAUUGAUCCACCUGAGGGACUACGUAAUGGCACUAGACUUGUAUGUAGAUCAUUAAAAUCUAAUGUAAUAGAUGCUAUUAUAAGCUCAGGCGAAUUCAGUGGAAAACAAGUCUUUCUCCAUAGGAUUUGCUUUAGUGUUGAAGAUGAUCCAAAUUGUCCAAUCUCUUUUGAAAGGAUACAAUUUCCUGUAAGGCUUUGUUUUGCAAUGACUAUUAACAAAGCUCAGGGACAAACUUUAGACUUUGUUGGUAUUUAUCUUCGUGAGCCUGUAUUUUCACAUGGCCAGCUUUAUGUUGCCAUUUCAAGAGCUAAAAAUAGCAAUUCUGUCAAGAUCCUUAUACGUCCUCCUAUACAUGAUAUUACCUUGGACAGUUUGACUGCAAAUAUAGUCUACCAAGAAGUUUUGCACUUAGCUAAUGCAUAG